AUGGAAAUAAUCAAUGAGGCACUGGCGACAGAUGUCCCCCUUCCAAUCCGAAUCCUGUCGGAACUGGGCAAAGGAUCUUUGCAGAACUUUUUCCGCAAUACUCCCGAGGCAUCUGAGCCCUCUCGGCUGUUCGCCCUCUGGCGCAAACUCGUUCUUACCACAACCAGCCCUCAGGUGGUCAACACCCAUAUCACCGCUGCCUGCAAUGCCCUAUGCGUAUACCUGAACGGGGGCUCCUCAAGCGCGCUUGCUGAGAUCCGGGAUUUCGUCCACUCUGAAGAGACGUGGUUCGAUGCUUUUCAAUGUUGCCACAAAGCCUUCGGCGAUGGAAAAACAAAACCGGCCUUUCAAGUCCUGGAGAGUCUCUGCCACCUGCUCAAGGAUAUAGACCAAGACACCACCGCAACAAUCUUGAAAAGAGCCGCGCUUCCGUUGAUCAGGGUUGUUCUUCUGUCGUCCCCACGGUCAGAUCUCAAAAAGGCCUGCCUCAUUUUGACCUGUUUUGUUCGAAAAACACCAAUACUGGGCCAGUUGGAACCACUCGUCAGACAAUGCACGGAACUACAUUAUUUGGUUUGGAUGCGACUCCUGGCAAGAUAUAAUAUUCCUCUCGAACAGAUAUCCCAACUCGGUGGGGGCAGUAUCACAGAUCUUUUCCUUGCGUUAACCUUUGCCAUGACCGACCAUGAUACAAGAACUUCGGCUCUCAAGUUACGCUCAACUCUAUGCAGUAGCGACUCCAAGCUGGAGAUCUUGGCUCAGAGUGUUGUAGAGUUAUACCUUGAGAGCAAUCAAUCCGCACUGGGUGAUUUUGCAGAAAAUGUCUUGCCCACCAUCCUCAAUACCAAAGAAAAGCUCAUGGGUUUUGUCGAGCCGUACGUCAGCUCCGGGUUCGAGGAUGAGACGAUGAUGGCAGUGUUUCUCGCUGUUUUGAAGGUUGGACGGCUUCAGGGUCUUCUCUCCGAACAAGAGAUACUGGAAAUAUUCCGCGUCAGGCCUACCCGACUCUCCGACAAUGGGCCUGACUACUCUCGCUUCAAGCGUUUGAUGGCCACCGCCAGCCCUGAAAUACGAAUUCUCGCCUAUAACCUUCUCACCUCAUCACCGUCAGGAAACGCCCCCGUCCCCUCGGGUGUCCUGAACUGCAUUUUGUCGAGUCUGGACUAUCUGCAUGAUGAUGCUGAUGCGCAUGAGAGGAGCGAAAUACUGAGCACCACGCGGAGGCUGUUGAAAAGAAUUCAAUCCAGUUUCUUAUCCCUUCGUAAAUCAGCCACCUCACGUGCUGGUCUUAGCGAAAGCAAGACAAUUGAAGCAGAAUACAAAUCAUUUGAAUGUCGUUUGUACAAUUUCUUGAAGGCUGAACUUCGGGCUGGUGUCUCCUACCCGCGCCACAGUCUGAGCCUGCGCUCUUUGCAAUACUUCUUCGACACGACAAUCGCGCCGGAUGUCUUCGAAAAUGACAGAGAACUGGCCAAAUCUCUGUGCUGUCUUGUUCUCGACCCAUUUGAGGAAGUGCGAAGCACUGCCUCAACCCUGCUCCAGUUUCUCGCCGUCCAAGUUCCAGACUUGGUGUCUGGGGCUAUCAGCGCUGCAGCUUUGAAUAGGAUCGGGGUCGUGGCAGCUAAAACUAUCAGGGGUGAUCAUGCAGAUGGAUUGGGGAGGCUUUGGGCUGUGUCCGGUCUCUCGCACAAAUCCACGUUGCUGUCCUCCCCGAUCGGACACGAGACUGCAGCUUAUACAGGCCUGUCGCAACUUAUAUCACUAUUGAAACAACUAACGUCGACGUCCGGAGAUCUGAGGCCUGGGUCCAAGCAUCCCAUUCACGCCUAUUUGCUGGCAGUCCAUUAUCGACUAAGGGAUCUACAGGCUCAUGGGGAUGAACAGAUGGAUAAUAACUCUGUCCCAAUCUUGAAUAUUUGUGUCAAAGUCUGGGACCACGUGCGGACUCAACUUUGUGUUGACUCGCCGGAGACUUCAUCAGAGCCGGAGGAUGAAGACACUAAUGAAGGGCCUAAGGAUCUUCUGGCUUACUCGUGGCGAGCACUGCGAGACUCUAGUCUUGUCAUACAGUCCUUGAUCAUCGCUACAAAGCCUAGCAGGGUGCUGUAUUCGGCAAUCGGUGAUCUUUGUAUGGAUCAGCUAAUUUCCCUGCGGCAUCGAGGAGCGUUUUCCACCGUUGCUCAGACCUUCACAUUGUGCUGCGACAAAGUUCGCGCAAGUCCGGACGCUGCUACGCGUGAGCUCAUAGAAGCGUGGUACACAAUUGCACUGCAUCAGAUUGAUGAACAAUCCGAUCGUCUCACCCGUCGCUCUGCGGGCCUCCCUGCGAUGAUGGUGGCCCUGCUCAGUCCUGCUGACAACACGUUCUUCUCUGUCGCAAUUUCUGAUCUCAUGGACGUUGCUAAACGACCAACUGGUGACGGGGAUUCUGACGCGGGCAACAUGAAACUACCGCAGGUCCAUGCACUAAAUUGCCUGAAAGAAGUCAUGACCAACUCACGAUUUUCGGCUGUUGUUGUUCAGUAUCUUUCUGGAAUACUUGCAUUGGCGGCCAACUGUCUCUCUUCCAGGAUUUGGGCCAUCCGAAACUGUGGAUUGAUGCUGCUAAGGGCAUGCAUAAAUCGCCUCGAUUCGACAAGCGUAAACGAGGCCUCUAAUCACGUCGACCAACUUGCCAACCGCGAAGCCAGCACUGGCAAUCCGUUUAUGAUCGCGGUCCGUCUGCUAGGAUCAGCUACAGACAGUGCCAACAACCCAGAUUCCGCCACGGAACAUGUCUUUGCUGCAUUAGACCUGAUUGGUCAUGUGCAUCCUGAUGAAGCGAUGGCGGAUGAGACAAACAAUAUCAUCCUGCGGCAACUGUCUAACUCAACGUGGGCUGUCAGGGAUCAUGCGGCGUCCCUGCUGGCCACUCGACUAUCUGGCCUGCAACCAUCAUUCGCAAUGAAGAAGCUUAUCGGAGAACCUCGACUGAGUAGACAUGAGAAUGAAGCUCAUGGCAUGCUACUCUGUUGCAAAUACAUCCUGACAUUGGCUGGUGGAGCAACCACCGAGCCUGAAGUCAAGUCGGUCGUCGAUGUCCUUUUGAAAAGCACUUCAAGAGAAGAAAUAGGUGGACGCUCGCCUUAUGUCAGAGCUGCUUUCCUCGAUGUACUGAACGAGACUGCUGCGCUCAUUUUGAGCAACAGCUGGGAUCCUAGCAGUCUCGAGAACGCUUUCUCAUUCGAAUCCUUCCAGUCUUCAGCAGUGUGUAAUUCAGUUCACUGGCCCUAUCUCCUGCGCCGGAUCCUUCUGUACCGGACAUACCUCUACAUGCUCCGAGACGUUUCAUCCUCUUUUCCAGAUCAAGAAGAGAGCUCAUUGAUCACUUCAUUCCUUGCCGCACCGGAUUCGCUGCGUUAUUUGCUGGAUGUCAUCAAGGCCAAGCAUUGCAAAGCACCCGCACGCGCCAUGAUCAGGUUCCUUGUCAUUCUCAUACACCAGGGCUACGACGAGUUGUGCUCCCAGCCGGAUAUCCUUCAUCAAGCAUUUUCAUGCUUAGCUCACAGCCUAGAGCAUGCAAGAGACAUUCCUGUCGGCGUCCUGCAGCAGAUCAGUGGCAAUAUCGGCCUCGAUCAGCUGGCAUCCACUCGCGAGCUUGGAAACAUGGCGAUAGAGCUAGAAGCAUUUCUAUUGGGCAUAGAGCCACCAAGUCAUGGAGGUACUGAGGCUGCUUCACGAACCAAACAGUGGUUAUCACGGGUCGAGUUCGCAGCAGCCGACCUGUUGGAUUUUCCAACCAGACUCAGUGCAGCAAGAGCACUGUCAAGAUAUGCCGGGAGUUCCAAAGGCCUGCAAGGCCUUGGUUCGACGCAUGAAAUUACCCUUCGUUUGCUGCUGGUGUUGUAUGAUUUGUUGAACGAUGACGAUGAAGAGGUUCGCUUCGAGGCUGUUCAAGCUACGCGUGAGUUCCAGCUACGCCGAUCUCCUGCGAUGGAGAAUCUGGGACUGUGCGCUUUUGCUGCAAGGGAACUGCUGCUCAAUGAGAUAAACCAGCGGUAUCUAGGAACAGAAGCAUUGAGCUAUGCUGCUAUCACGAAGUUAAUGAAGGUCGGGCAAAAUGGGGAGGGUCCAGUUGACAUGGACGUGAUCACCGCCCCUUUUCAGACCCCAGUUGCGUCAAGCCUGCGUGUUAUCUUCAAGGGGAAGGACGAUUUGUUUGCAGAGGAAAGACAAAACCUCUACAUCGACGACCUUCGUGAGAUCAAUGUCUGGACCCAAAUCUUGUAUCUGGGGGGGCUGCGGUUCCUGACUCCAGAACAAACCGAAGAAGCGAUUCAAUGGACCUUGGAGGGAGUGAAGCAAAUCCUGCGUAUUCUUCAGAUGGAGCAAAGGUCCUCGACCCUGGCCUCAAAUUCGGAGCAGCACGACGCUGAAGAGAUGGACAAAGACUCUACGUUUUCCCACCCUCUGGGAGCGACCUAUGACCAUGAAAUCAUGGUAGUCUUCUUGCGAGUUGUCAGUCUUGCACGCAUCCUUCUCGCUGAUGGGAUUUCCACAGUCGUCUUCGACGACUUACGGGAACAGCUAGAGCGGGUGCGGGUGAAAUGUUUAGAUGCGCAGGUGAAUGAGGUCCUUCUAGGAGCGGUCAACCUUGCGCUCGUCGAUCAGUGA